GUUGGGGUUGUGGAGCACGGCGUGGGUGAGCUGCUCCGCGGGUUCCCAUCUCGGCGCUGUGGGAACCGUGAGAGUUAGCGGCUGGGCCGGGUUUCGCGCCGGGUUGUAAAACUUUUACACUGACAACAAAGAAGCUAGAACAAUGGGAGUGACUAAUCUGUGGCAAAUCCUUGAGCCUGUGAGACAACCUGUCAGCUUGAGCACUCUCAAAGGAAAAACACUUGCUGUUGAUUUAAGUUUGUGGGUUUGUGAAGCACAGACUGUUAAAAAGAUGGUUGGAGUAGUUACCAAGCCACAUCUGAGAAACCUAUUUUUCCGGUUCUCUUUCUUAACAUCAAUGGGAAUUAAACUCGUGUUUGUCAUGGAAGGAGAGGCCCCCAAGUUGAAAGCAGACACCAUGAGUAAGAGGAACGAAGUACGCUAUGGACCUUCAACAAAAGCUGGACCUCCAAGAACAGGGAGAUCUUCAUUUAAAGCCAUGCUGAAAGAGUGUCUGGAACUGCUGGAGUGUUUAGGAGUCCCUUGGGUUCAGGCAGCUGGGGAAGCAGAAGCAAUGUGUGCUUACUUAAAUGCAAAAGGACAUGUCGAUGGAUGCAUUACUAAUGAUGGAGAUGUCUUCUUAUAUGGAGCUCAGACAGUCUACAGGAACUUUGCUAUGAGUGCUAAGGAUCAACAUCUUGACUGUUACACAAUGUCUUCUAUUAAGGAGAAGCUUGGUUGUAACAGAGAGUCUUUGAUUGGGCUAGCUGUUCUUCUGGGUUGUGAUUAUCUUCCAAAGGGUGUUCCAGGAGUUGGGAAGGAACAAGCUUUAAAGUUAAUUGAGAAUUUGCGAGGUCAAAACUUACUGCAAAGGUUUGAGCAAUGGAAAAACCACUUUCAGUAUGAUAAUAACACAGCUUUGGUUGUUAAAAGGGUAGUUCACUGUUCUGAGUGCCAUCAUCCAGGAUCUUACAAGGAACAUGAGCAGAAUGGAUGUAAAAUCUGUGAAACCACAAGAUACUGCAAACCCAGUGACUCCAAAUACUGCUGCCCUUGUGAAUGGCAUCAGAUAGAGCAAGAAAAUCAAGCAAGUGCAGUGGAGGACAGUAUCAGAAAAAAAUGUAACAGUUGUGAGGGCUUUCCAUUCUCUGAGGUUAUCCAAGAAUUUCUUAUAAACAAGAAUAAAUUGAUCAAGAUAAAGGAAUGUCAAAGGCCAAAGUUAUUGUCCUUUCAGAUAUUUGCUGCUGAGAAGAUGGAAUGGCCUAAGCAUUACUCUUGUAAGAAACUGUUACCCCUAUUGACACUUUAUGAUAUGAUCCAGAGAAAAUCUGGAUGUAUUGAUUCAAAACAACUGCAGGCAAUACGGAUAGUCAAGACACGUGUUAAAAAUGGAAUUCCUUGUUUUGAAAUUGAGUGGCAAAAGCCAGAACAUUACGUUGAUGCAGAAGAUGAGCCUCCAGAGUUGUUUGUAGUCACAGUAGAAGAGGAGUCUCUGUUUCAGGCUGCUUAUCCUGAUGUUGUUGACCUUUAUCAAGUGGAAAGGUCAGAAGGUCUGAAGAGGAAACAGAAAAACAAGAAACACAGACCAAUAGAAAAGGAAUUAUCAAAUGUUUAUGAUGAAGUUAGCAAUCUUCUGUCUCAAAUGAAUUUAAAAUCUAGGUGUGGAAUUUUUUCUGUGCAAGACAGGUCAGUUAUAAAAAUUCCAGAAGAUCAGAUAGAGCAGAGAAGCAUGGAAUCAAAAGAUGGAACAUCAGCCAUGGCUUCCUACAUAACAGCUGUUCAAACAUUGGCUGACUCAUCUGCACCAUUCACUAAAAACUCCAGAAUGACAUCCUCUUCCUCUGUAACAGCUGGUCUGCAGCUGAGCAGCACUGAUUGUGAAGGAACUUUCAUCAGCUCUGCACCAGCCCAUGGAUGUGAUACCCAUGAUCCAGCAACUGACUUAGCUACAUGCAUGAAGCACUUGCAUCCACCAGGUCACGAAACAGUGAGAAAUAGCUCAGAAUAUUCUGAUGCUGUGAAGUCUGGUGGUGCAGAUGGUUUGAUUUUAGGUGAUGCUACAGGACAAUUUCAGAAGUGGUCUUUAAGUGAGCAGAUACUUAAGAAGACUUCCAUUCAACCAAACCCUUUGUUUUCUGAAGAUGUAAUGCAAGUGGAGUCUUUGAAAUGUCUUAAACAAACAAAAGAAACAUGGAAUCCCAGUAAAGAUGAUGUCUCUUCACUGUGUCAGGAAGGUAAAAAUGUGCUACUGGAAGACUAUGGAAGGGACUCCAGUGGACAUAUUGAUCAAGGUCAAUACAAAAAAGCUGACAGGCUGGCUGAAAGGCUGGAAAAAGACCCUAAUACAAGCACUUCAACAUCUCUAGCUCUCAGUGGGCAAAUAACAAAGGCACUACAUCAUGGGUUUGAAAUGCUUCCAGUGUCUCAAAAGCCAGCAGAUGUGACUGACUGCCACAUUAAAAAACCUUGUAAUCAAACUAUGUGGAAAACUUCUUUUAAAAAGAGUGUGUGUCAGAACAGAUGUCAUUCUAGUGAAGAGAGUGAUGAUGAGAACAUGAAGGAAAAUCUGAUUUAUGAGCAUCAGAAAAGGCAACUGAACCCUGGUCAGUUUAAACAAUGUUUCACAAAGGAAAGGAGUAAAGCUGUUACUAGCAAAAGAACAAACAGUGACUCAGCACUUAUAAUUAAAGAGAAGAAGAUGACCAGUUUCAAAAAAGCUGGUAAUAGUUUUUCAUUGCAAGUAUCUCCAAAACCAUCCUCUGGAGGGGAAGUUGGUUGUUCCCAAAGUCUAGAGCAGCCAUUUGAGAGGUCAGGUUCUGCUCCCACUCAGCAAGCCAAAAGCACUGUUCCAACUUACACGUGGGCAGACAGUCCCCUUCCCCUGUCUGAAAGACUAAAAGGAAGAAUGAAAAUCAAUCAGGUUCUCCAUAAAACAGGUUCUUAUAACAAUUAACUCUGAACCUUCAGCUCUUGAGGUUUCUUUCUCAAAGUUUCUUUAGUAUGCUCUAUCAAUUUUUAGUGGGCAUUUUUUAUGAACAAGAAGGGCUAUGUAAAAUACUGGAGCUGAAGUUUGAAACUAACUCUAUAGCAGAAGUAGGGAAGUACCUGUUCUUCUGGACUUGAUUACAUCUGAACUUGAUACAGAAGCAAUAGAAUAUAGUAUAUAAGAGAGCAGUGAGGUUUAUUUACCAAAUAAGGUGG